AUGAAAGCUGCCCAAAUGGGCAUGUCGACUCAAUUGCUUUUCACUGCAAUCAUUACGUUCAUGAAAGUCGCAAUUCUUCUUACCUACAUACGCAUAUUCCCGUCGAAGCUCGACAAGUGGUUCUGCCGCUUGAUGAUCUUCUACACGGUGACUCUGAAUACGGCCUGCUUCUUCAUCACGCUGUUCCAAUGCUCACCCGCCAGCACGUACUGGGAGAUCUUCAAGUACAUCAACACAGCGAAGUGCCUCAAUAUCAAGGCGAUCUACUACUUCCACUCGGCACAAAACACGUUUAGCGACUUUGUCAUCUUCCUAUGGCCCGCGAGAAACCUUUUGAACGUCCAAGUAUCGCUUCGGUACGGAGCUACCACCUUCGUCAUCAUGUCGGUAGAGAGCGGUGUAGGUGUUAUCUGCGGUUGCCUCCCAGGCUGCAAGCCCCUCAUGAACAAACUGUUCCCACGCGUCUUCGGCAACACGUCGCAAGCAUCGUCCCGCCGCCGGCCAUCAAACAACUUCCUCGGAGGCAAAUUCGCACCAACGUCAUCUUCAUCGGCAGGGAAAUCUGAGCAAGGGUCAUAUCGCAUGCAAGCUUUCCAGUCGCGUCCCGAAAUACGGCGCGGUGCGACCAUGGAGAAGCGACCCCAGCCAGACGUUGAGAAACAGCUUCCUCCGCCCCCACAGCCGUCACACCAAGGGCUGCGGCCACCCAGCCGAGCGGCUUUCACCGGAAGGAGGCAAGGAGACGCGUACAGAGAGUUACAGGGCAACGGGAGUGACUCCAGUAUAGAGAUAUUCCUUUUGCAGCGUAAUUAA